AUGGAAGCGUUGACGAUCGCAUUGACUACCGCGCCGGCGGUUGUGAGCAUUGACUAUGAUGAAGGAGCGGGAUUGAUCAUCCUUACUUUUGAUGCCAGUAUCGACGGAUGGGGAGCCGUUUUAAUGCACUUGGAAGGGAACCCGAAGCGCAGACAUCCCGUCAGGUUAAAGGCGGAAGCUGGGUAUGAUGCUGGGAAGAGGGAGUGCCGAGCUCUACUGAAAAGCCUCAAGAAGCUCAAACCCUGGUUAUAUGGUGUAACCUUCUUGGUGGAGUCAGAUGCGAUGACUCUUGCAGCACAGCUGAAUCCGUCAGCGACGGAUCUUCCAGGGGCCUUGGUUACUCAAUGGCUUACAUGGAUUCGGCUCUUCGAUUUUGAACUUCGAUAUAUGCCAGGCGCUAAGAACGUGGUUGCGGACGCGCUGUCAAGAAGGCCUACACCGGAGGAAGACAUUGCUGCUACUGAAGAGGAGGAGGAUAUCGAUAAAUGGGUCACGGCUCAACUUGAUAUGAUUAGGAUUCGGCCCAUUAGGAAGGUGAUUGACGAUGAGGACACCCUCUUGUACAGCCACAAGUCUGUACUAGGAAGAGAGCAUGUCCAGGCUCGAGUCAGCCCCGUGCGAAUUGAAAAUGAGUCUGAAAAUACCGAAGCGAGCGGGACGGGAGAGCACGUUUUCUCUUGUUGCUGA